AUACUAUGAUUACAGUUAACUAAUAUUUAUGGUGUUUCAAUUAUUGUCUAAUAAAUUGUUUUUACUUAUUAGUGUACUUUACUACUUUACUCAAUCCACAUUUUAUUUAUACAUAAUACAUAUUUAUAAGUAUACAAAAUGGGGAAGGGCUUCAAUAAUUACAUGUGUAAAAAGUUCUUUCAUCCGGCAUCAAGGGAUAAUCUAAAACGAGUAUGGAUGGCAGAACAAAAAUCAGUUAAAGAUAAAAAACGUCAAGAAGAACUCCGUCUACAAUAUGAAAAAGAACAAGAUCUUUAUAAUAACAAAGCAUUGUUAUCAAAAGAAAGCAAGGAUAAAUUAAGUGUAAAUUUUAUGUAUGAACCACCACCGGGUGCUAAAAAAGAAAGGGAACGUGAAGAUAACGAACCAGAAUAUAAAUUUGAAUGGCAAAGAAAAUUUAAUGCCCCUAGAGAAGAUUAUUGUAAAGGGGAUCAAGAAAUAAGAGAUCAACCAUUUGGUAUUCAAGUCAGAAAUGUACGAUGUAUCAAAUGCCAUAAAUGGGGUCAUAUUAAUACUGACAAAGAAUGCCCCUUGUUCAACCAGGCAAGCAUAUCUGAAGCUGUAACAAGUAAUGCAACCACCAAUGGUUCUAGUGCUAAUAAAAAAACACAAGAAUUAAUAAAACAAAUGCGAGAAGAUGGUUUGGAAUUAAAAAAAAGUGCUGCAUCUACACAACAACAAAUAUCAUUUGCAAACAAUGGAGAGGAUAGUGACACGGAACUAUUUAUGUAUGUAAAAACAUUAAGUAGAAAGAAAAAAAUGAAAUUACUCAAACGAUUGGAUAGAAUGGAUAAAAUUAUGAUGAAAGAACAAAAGUUGAUUUCAAAAAAAGAAAAACUUUCUAGGAAACAAAACAAGAAGAAAAAAGAAAGUAGUAGUAGUUCUGAUUCCUCAGAUUAAUUAAGUUUAUAUUGUAUAAUUUUUUUUUAUCUUUUUACUGUGCAUAAUAUGUAAUAAAUAUAUGUAAAAUAAUACUACAUUAAAGUUCAUAUAUCUAAAAU